AAACAACUGUUUGCGUCCUCGGGGCGAAAAAUAUUUUCCGCUUGGGUUUGUUAUGUGUUGGAAUCUUCUUAGCAAAGGAGCACUCGGAACGUAUUUUGUUGUUAUCAAGUGGAGUAUUUUUAUUAUCAGUAUAGUAAACUUUUGUUUGAAAUGCGAGAUCACUUUUGAAAUUGCAAAAAUAUCCUCUAGCAAUUUGAAUAAUAAAUUUCGCUUUCUGUUAUGAGAGUUGCGGAAUUCAGCGGAAGUUGGCCAUAAGAGACACAACUCGAAAUAAACUCUACGGAAGAUGCAUUUUGCAGGCAGUUUGGCUCUAUCCAUUUACCUGUUUUUUCAUGGAAUUUGGUGGCUUAUAAUGUGCACAAACGACCACUUCAUGUCGAAAAUUCCAGACCGAACGACAAGAAGGAAAUCCCACUUCACUUCAAAGACGUGGCACACAGUCCCUAUUUCGAAACUUCCGUUGGAACCAAUUCUCCGUCUUUUCAGCGCCUUGUUAUGUGCAGUCAUAGAUUUGUCAGUUUCAGGCCAGUGGAAGUUAUUUGACGAAAAUGGAGACGUGAUUGCAAAUAACGUCGCUGGGUUUUCACAUGCGACGCUGUUUAUUUUGUUUGCAGUAUUGGCUGUCGCGGAAAUAAUUGAAUCGUUCAGAAAAUCCCAACUUCCUGCGACAAUUCUGCAAUUGAUAUUGUCAGUUUCAUACCUUUCCAUUGGCCUAGUCUACUAUCAAUACUCACAGAGUUCUGAUUCACAUCCAAUUGCCAAGGGUCAUGCAAGGUUACUGGCAUUAAUCGCAUGGAUUGCAUCAGUUUUUGCUGCAUGUGAAAGCUGUCAUCCAAAGUCAUAUCCAUUGAGUUUUGGAAGAAGAUUCUUAACUACCCUUCAAGGGACUUGGCUUUUCCAAAUGUCAUUUUCCAUCUUUGGAUCAAAAAAAUGGAAAGAGACUCAAGGAACCAAAAGUCUCAUUGCAUUAACAUUUCUCUGGCAUAUUCUUGUGCUAAUUGUACUGUGUCUGAUUUGUCAUGGAAUAAUGCUUUGUGCAGUAAACAGAUACACACACAAACAAGAUGGUAUUUAUAACAACUACAAUUCCCAGCGGAAAGUUGAUGAAGACAGUAUCCCACUGGGAAUAGUUGUAAAUGGUAACAUGCUCUAUGAAGAUGGCACCUCAGAUACCGAAACUCUUUAUCCGUAAAAUCGCAAAUAUCCAAACCAAUCCUCAUCAUAGUUUAUUGAGAUAAUCCAAUCUUUAGGGGUUUAUUUUUCAAGAAUCUUGAUUGCAAGGUCAUAGCUUUUUAAAUUCUAAAUCUGUAUAAUAAUUCUAUUUAACCAACUUAUUUAGAUUUAGACCCCGUUUACGCUGUGCAGGAUAAGUUUUAUCUGCAUCAAAAUUAGUUCAGAUAGGCAUCACCGUUACACUAGACCCACGCUAUCCGCAAAAAUUUGAGAGCGACUAUCUGAACAAAAUUAGUUCACCUAAGGAAAUGGAUUAAAUUAGUUUUGAUAGCUAUGUAGUACAGUGUAAAUGGUUUUAUCCGGAUAAAUUUUACCCACACCUGUCUUGUUGAAAAAUGUUUGGCUAUUUAAUCCUUUUUAGUUUUGGCUGCCUUGUAGUCUACAAAUACUCACUUUAAAAGUGCAGUACCUUUUUGGUUUACAUAGAAUUGGCAUCCUUGUCACUUUUCUCAGCAUUCUUCGCUAUUUCAGAGAUGACUUCAUUUUAGGCGUUCUGUGCAACAUUUUGGUCACAUGACUGCAGUUCUUUGGCACAGUGUAAACAGGAGGGCAAAGUGGACAAAAUUUGUGUGGCACAGUGUAAACCCAGAUCAAUCUGAACAAGUUUUAGGCAGAUAAAAUCUAUCCAGCACAGUGUAAACAGGGUCUUAAUUUUCUUCUUUUAGAAAGGGAUUUAAAAUUUUCUUUUGCUGAAAUAUUUUUAUUUAAUGAAACAAGAUCACAUGUUUGUGGCCCACCUUUCAAAUAUUUUUCUCCCUCUACCAUACAUUAUAAAUCAUAUUAGAAUAGCUUCUUUGAUGAUGUGGACAGUUUCUAGGAUUCAGCAAAUUUGUCAAGCUGAUUUGGAACCAGAUUUCUUGAAAGGUUCAUAUUUAUUAUACUCUAUGAUGAAAAAAUGCUGAGCUUUUUUUACUCAACAUGAAAUAAAUUUUCAUGCAAUUUGAUAGAACACUAAAAAGGUUAAAAGGAUUGUAGAAACUUUUUGUUAUAGUGGUUAAAUAACAUUUUAACAGAUUGGAUACAAGUCUCCACUCUGGUUUAAACAUAGGAAAUUCAAUAAAAUAUUUGUUGCUUUCAUACAAGUAUUUGAAAUUUGACUUAAAAUAUUUAACAAUUUUGACAUAAUGAUUUUGUCUGGGAGACCAUUUCAAAAGCCUGUUACUCUCAAGCUGAAAAACUAUUUUCUAAUUGCAGUAUUGAAUCUUUGCUUCUUCAACUUCCGACUGUUUCUUCUCAUAUGUGAUGCUUUUUCUAAUGGUGGUAGGGUAAUGAGGUCACCUCUCAAUCUCUUGUACACUAAACUUGGAAGCUUGAGUGCCACAAGUCUAUCUGCAUAUUUCAUCUCCUAUAUAUAUGCCUGGCACUUACUUUGUACCUCUCCUCUGAACUCCCAUGAACUAUUGUAAAUCUAUGUUAUAACAGGAUGCCCAUAUACAUUACUCCAGAUUUGGCCUGACUAUACUCGUGUACAACUGGAUCAGCAUGUCCCCAAGAAGAUGCUCAAAAGACCUGUGAAUCGUUUCAAGUUUACUAUGAUAACUGACAAAAUAUUUUUUCUCAAUGUUUUCGUUAUGUCCACAGUGUCACAAUGUGAUCAAUUUCAGCUAACACCUUUUCCUUCAGAAGUGAAGGCAUUAGAGAGUUCGCAGAAUUGAUUUUAAAAUACUUACUGACAUGCUAUUUUUAGCCUGUGCCCCAGUCCACAAAUGCUGCCACAUUUAUGCAGGCUAGCUAUUUUUAUGCUUUGUUG